UUGAACGAAUAGCACAAUCGAAACAAAAGUAGCAGCGAUAAGUACACUGCCAAGUGAAAACAGACAGAUCGCAGAGGAGGUGGAGAAGUAGACUGACGGACUGUUCUCUGCUCCGGGAUUGCUGCUCUCCGCACACUCAUCAUUCCUCCCGGUUCUUCAUGCCAGGGGAACUACGACUCCCAUGAAACCGCAUAGUGCCUACUGUUAAUAUCAAUAUGGCUUCUGUCUGUCAGACAAAGGCAAAUCUGUCUCGCAUCGAAAUGAAAUCAAUUUAGUAGGACAGUGAGGGCGAGCAAAGCAAACAAAUUCCCCGGUGCAUAUUUGUGUCGGGAAUCAGGGGAAACAGUUACAGUAGGACCAAUACAUUGCCCAGUAAUUAAAUGCUGUGGUGGACAGAGGCCCAAGAUUCACAGAUCAAGAAUGUCUCAUUACACAGACGAGCCCCGCUACACCAUCGAGCAGAUCGACCUGCUGCAGCGGCUGCGUCGUACGGGCAUGACCAAGCAGGAGAUCCUGACGGCGCUGGACACUCUGGAGCGUCUGGACCGCCAGCACUGCGACAAGUUCGGACGCCGCAUCCCGCAAACGCCCUCCGCCACCGCCAACAACAACGGUUCCCUAGGCAACAGCGUCGUCACCACUGGCGGCAACAACAACAACAACAACAGCACCACCUCCUCCUCCUCCUCUGCGGGUCUCCUCAGCAACAACACCUCCUCCAACGCUAACACCUCAGCCGCAGCUCUGGCCGCGGCCUCCUCCUCCACGACCUCCACGGCCACCCAGACGGCCUACCGCACCUCCUCUUCCUCCUCCUCCGCCAACGCCACGCUCUCGCCGCCCUCGCACGCACACGCGGCGCCCAACAGCUACCACCACCACGACACCUCGCCCCCUCCCCAGGCCCUGCCCACCCUUCCCUUGCCGCUGGCACUGCCGCCCCCGCCAACCGCCCUGGCCGCCCCGCUCCAGGUGCCCGCCCCCGCCCAGAAUGGCCGCGGUGGUGGAGGGGCAGGCGGGGAGGGGGGGCUGGCGGUCAUGCCCAACGGGAAGCUGUCUCCGCCGCGCUACUCGGUGUCCGGCGCCCCUCCGCCGCCACGGCCGUACGGGUACGAGCCCUCCGAAGACGAGCUGGACAUCGAGGACAAGGUGGAGGAGCUCAUGAGAAGGGACAGUGCCAUAAUAAAGGAGGAAAUUAAAACCUUCCUGGGGAACCGACGCAUCUCUCAGGCAGUGGUGGCUCAGGUCACAGGUAUCAGUCAGAGUCGUAUUUCCCACUGGUUGCUGCAGCAGGGUUCGGACCUGAGCGAGCAGAAGAAGAGGGCGUUCUUCCGCUGGUACCAGCUGGAGAAGACUACGCCUGGUGCCACUCUCAACAUGCGACCGGCCCCUCUGGCGUUGGAGGACAUUGUGGAGUGGAGACAGACCCCUCCCCCUUUAGGCACCGCCCCCGGAAGCUUCCGCCUGCGCCGAGGCAGCCGAUUCACCUGGAGGAAAGAGUGCCUCGCCGUCAUGGAGAGCUACUUCAAUGAUAAUCAGUACCCAGACGAAGCCAAACGCGAGGAGAUAGCCAACGCCUGCAACGCUGUCAUCCAGAAGCCAGGGAAGAAGCUGUCUGACCUGGAGAGGGUCACCUCCCUCAAAGUUUACAACUGGUUUGCCAACCGCCGCAAGGAGAUCAAGCGCAGGGCCAACAUAGCAGCAAUCUUGGAGACCCAUGGCCUGGAUGUCCAGAGUCCCGGCGGACACUCCAAUAGCGAUGACAUCGAUGGCGGCGACUACGGAGAUCAGGUGGCCUCAGACCAAACGCUAGCAGGGAGAGCCGUGGCCCGGGCGUUUGCCUUCAGCCGAGGUGGCCUGUCAUCACCCACUCAGGUCCCCACUCUGUUGCCCUCCUGGCUCUCUCCGUGGACCAGCAUUGGCGGCAGGGUGGGUCUAGGAGCGCAGGUUCGGGGUGGCGCCUCCUUGGGGCGACUUGGGGCAGGGCAACACCCACAGCCACCACCAUCACAGCAGGCCACCCAGCAGGACCAGGAGAUGCCGGAGUCCCAACCCCAGCAGCAGGCAUCGUCCGAGGGGUCCCGACUGACCGCUGUCUCCUGGUCUCCCUCCCCCCUCCAGGAGGACGGCGUGGGCCAUCCGGGCCACCAGGGGGCGGUGGUGGAGCACCAGGACCCCAUCACGCUGGCGGUGGAGAUGGCGGCCGUCAACCACUCCAUCCUGGCACUCGCCCAGCAGGCCACGGCCGCCGCCACCGGGGACAUCAAGACAGAGGUGCUGGACGACGACUGAGACGGGCAGGGACGACGCGGCGCGGCAGACACCCAGACGGCUGGUUGGUUGGUUGGUUGGUUGACCAAUCGACCUUGACCUGACCUGACCUGACCUGACCUGACCUGACCGACCUUGACAACCUUCACGUCAACCUUCAAACCUUCGACCUUUGACCUUCCAUUUGUCCAGUCCUGUCCUGUCACACAUCCAGUACCCUACUCUACUCUUCUCUACUCUAUUCUAACUGCACCUUUCUCUACCCCAUGACAUGACACUCCAUUUUAUUCUACUCCCAACCUUACUCCAGCCCAAUACACUCCACUUUACUCCACUACACACACACACAUUACAUACACAUACCACCACCACACACAGUAGCCUACACUACGCUACAUUACACUCAAAGAUUGUACACACAAACACAAACAGUACAGCACAUGACCCAAAAUAAUAUUUUGAAAAUGAUAUUAUCCUCCUUUACUUCCUGCUACACUUCCAGGCCACCUCCCCUCUCUCUCUUCCCCAGGAGCACUGCUCUGUGGAGGGGCAUGAGAAGAGACGAGGAGAGGUGGCCUGGAGGGUGUAGGAAGCUGUGGAGGUUGAGGUGGUAGAAAAGAUGUACCUUUUGAGAGGGUGGGAGCCAAUGAGGCGGAACAGGAGUGUGUGUGGGAGGGCGAAAGGGACGUUGGAGGUGUGAUGUGAAGAUGAAUUAAGGUGAAGGCGUGAAGUGUGUUCCGUUCCGUGGCGUUGCUAACGUCGACGACCAAAAGAAGCUUAAAAACAGACAAAAAUAUGUAUAUGAAAAAAAGUAUAAUGAUAUUAAGUAGAGACUCGCCGCCACCAUUUUUGAAUUUCUGACAUCAUCUGCUUCCUACCCCCCCAAACAGAAAACCCAACUGAUCCCCUUCCCCAGCCAAUAUUGAGAUAUGGCUCCCUCUAUAGACAGAGGUGGGAACAGACACUCUCUGCAGUUUUCAGUGUCUGUGAACAACAGAAACCAACAUACAUAAUAUUAUGCUCAUGUCUGUGUGGAAAAAUCUGAGUAUAGUCUAUCUGAGAAGAGAGACGACUUAUUCACAGAACCUCAUUUCCUCUGGGCAGGGCAGGCAUGGCACUAUGCUGUCUAUGCUUUUACUUGUAUUAUUUUUUUUGGCACAUUAGCCCCAACAAAUCAAUAUCUACCCCACACAACCACCCAGCUACCCACCACCGUAUACCCCAUGCCCAUCUCCCUAUACCUCGUAUGUGUUUCCCCGGGGGGGCGUGGAGAGGGGUGUAGACACCCACUGUAUGUCUUGCUGUGUGUGUGUCUGUCAGGCAACCCCACCACUUUAUGCCAAGUUGGUAUGGGUAUGGGUAUGGGUAUGGGUAUGGGUUAGGCGGCUGGUGCCAUGGGGGUAUUAGGGGUUAUGAAACGGGUGGUCAGGAAGCCGACUGGUUAUCAGGUGGUCCUCAUGAUCAUGAUCAAAGUGAUUGUACAGUGCUCUGGUUAACAUACUAUGUUAUACGACAGGUUCUUCCACUAUUCAGUGCCGGUUAGUACCAGUACCAACAACAAAUGUCGGUUCCCUUCAGUAACCAUACUGAGGAACCGACAUGACUCUUUGGGAUUUUUUAAUUUUUAUUUUUGGGUCCUCUAUUUUUCAGACUUCUUCUUAGACAGUGAUACUCCUCAGUCACACCACAGGUAACCUCAUAGAGUCAUGUACAAUAAUAUAUUCUCUGACAGCUGCUGUAGAUUAUUAUAAUUAACAUAUUAUCAGUACAGAUGUUAAAAGACGCCAUACUCCUCAGUUUGCUAAAUAAUGUGAUACUAACGGUGGGCUAACGUUCGGCUAACGUUGUGUUUGAGAUGCGAAUCGUGAGACAUGUCUAAAGAAGAAUGGGACAGGUUUUUUUUUAUUAAGGUAGCAUAAGCAAUCCUAAAUGCAGUAUGAGCAAUUCCUAAUGUGGUAUGAGAGAUAUAAGGCGGUAUGGGGCCGGGGUUUGAGUCUUCGAAAGGGUAGGCUAUUUGCUUUUUCAAGACGAGUUAAAAAGAGAUUUAAAGUGGUAUGACAGUGAGUCUUUGAGACAGUGUUUUGCAAUUUCGAGAGAGAGCUCGAGCGAUUCUAAGGUGCUUCUUUCUUGCACUCAGAGUGCAGGUGGGAGAAAUCAGCUUCCUGACAAUCAGGUGAUGGAGAGGGCCAAGCAACGCGCGAGGGACAAGAAAGCUGAAUGUGAGUGUGUGUGUGUGAGUGCGCACGUGCACACAUGACUGUGCAUAUGUGUGUGUACUGUAUGUAUGCACACGUGAGUAUGAGUGCGAGAGUGUAUGCAUGCACGAGAAAUGUGUCUGUGUGAGUGUGUGUAUGGUGUUAAAGUCUUCUUGACGGGUCACAAUUGUCUGGCUUUAUCCAAAGUGAUAGUUUGUGUGUAUGAUUCCAUUUGAAUAAGGCAAAAGCAUGACACGCUACGAUAUAGUAACAAGGGGUCAUGCUCAUUUCCUAUGUGUGUCCACUCAGUUGGCUUCUAAAAAGCUCAAGCUAACAGACAGGCUAAAGAUGACUGAACUUGUGUUAAAUGAUGCAUUUAGCACACUAAACACUUAAUGUAGCCUUUUCUUAUUUAUCGUCGUGUCAUCGUUAAAAAAGAGAUUAUGGCAACACAAUAUGCUACUAUUUAUUUUGUUUUGUUUUGAAUUUUCUAUAUACAUUUUGGCCCCUAGAUUGUCACUUUAGUACAAAAGUACAAACAAAACAAUCCCUCCAAUCUCGGUAAGAGAGUGCACAUGCCUGGCUAGGAAGGCCUAUAGUGAAACUAGCAUUAGCUUGCUGCCAUAAGGUGCUAGCCAGAGACGAUGACGUUGGAUGUGUGUGAGUGUAGUAGGGGGUUUAUGAUUGGCUGACGUAUGCGUGAAAGUGAAGUGAAGAGGUUUUAUUUCCUGCCUUUGCCACACCUCAUUUUAACACUGUGCUGACCACGGGGCUAGACAUAGUACACAUUUGCUACGUUUACAUGAGACAUUUAAUUCGGAAUGAACUGACAUUAAUUCUGAAUAAAGCUUAAUUUUGCUUUGAAAAUGUCAUGUAAACACCUCUUCAUUCGGAAUUAAAGAAAAGAUAAUAGUAAACUUUACUGAACCAUUUAAUUCUAAAUUAUUAAUUCGGAAAUUAAAAACAUCAUGUAAACGUAGUGACUGAUUUAAAAACAAAGCAUCAACAAAAGUGUUUUGUUAGCCCCUCCCCUUCUGCUCAUCCAUUGGCUGGCCAGAAAGCUGGCAGUGGAGAGCCUAACUGUACGUGCAGACCAAAUGCGGGGAAAGACUCCAGAGUGACAGAUAUCAUGAAUUCUACAGCAGCCGUGGCCUAUUGGUUAAAGAGUUGGUCUCGAAUCCCACCUGACCUCACCCUUUACCUCCAUCCACGACUGAAGUGCCCUUGAGCAAGGUACCUAACCACAUAUUGCUCCAGGGAUGUCACGAAUGAAAAUGAAUGCGCCGCUUUGGAUAAAUAAAAUCUCUAUGGUCUGAACCUCUUUCAGUCUGAACAUACAGUAAGUCAUGCCUCUCUAUGGGGACCUUACUAAAACAAAACAAUAAAUUAGACUCUAAUCUAUUGGUCUAUUGACCUCCCUUUAGUUGUUUCUUCUAUCUCGGGUCGCAAUGGAGGGUCGUGACUUAGGCAAUCUACUGGAGCUCUUCUUCCAAGAGUUGCAGAGAAGAGUUCCAAAGCCUAGUAGAACGUUUCAGAACUACCUGACAAAAUACUGUAGCUGGCUAGAGGUUCCAGUGCGGUGAGCCGAAGGGGGAAUUUGUGGUCAGAUGUCAAUGGAUAAGCUUCUGGUACUAGAACCCUUUUUGUCCCAUAAAAAGAGUUCUGUCUUAACCAAUUAGAUUCAGGGUAGACCCCCCUAAUCAAAAGUCCACUUUUACUGUUAAAAUAAUUCUUCAGGAAUGAGACGGGUUCUGAAACAAGAACCUCAUAAGGGAUCAUGUAUGCGGGGUCAAGCCAAAGAGACUGUGUUUUUUAACGUUUAUUUUCAAAGAUUGUUAUUUUUUUCUGCACCCCUGCACAAAGUCUGGUUGCUUUCCAGUGUAUCCAUCCAGACCCUCAUUGAAGAGUGUUUGAAUUACAGGCAGGUGUGCCUGUUUAACAGCCCCAAAUCUGUAGACCAGGUCUGGAGAACAAAUUUUGCGUCCCCUGAACCCCAAGAAUGCCCCUUUUCGUGUGUGUGAGUGAGUGAGUGUGUGUGUGACACUCUUCUGUAGGAGGGCCCAACAAUCAGGUGGGCUACUCAUUAUGACUGUGUGUGUAUGUGUGUGUGUGUGUGUGUGUGUGUGUGUGUGUGUGUGUGUGGGUUGAUAACGCGAAGUGAGGACAGGUUGUGGGUAUCCAGUACCUCCCACUGUGCCAUAAGCAGGUUCCCCUGACCCCUUUAGGACGCUGCUUUCAAUGUGAACGGGAAAUGACUAGAUAAGCUUUUUUUUUCUAAUGAAACCUACUCCCCUUCCCCCUUUUCCCCUCUUCAGUACGUGUUGGAUGAUGGUUUUUAGCUGGUGUGUUGUUCACCACCAUCCCCCUUCCCCCUGGAGCUAGCCAACACCCAGCCGUGCUCUGCUACCAGUAUCUGCUAACCUAAAACGCUUACUUCUAUAUCAAGUGUAACUGAAAAAGACUAUAUAGGAAAGCUGUUCUAAAAAUCACGAGACAGAGGAAUAUUAUAUGUUUUGAUUUCCUUCUUCGUGUAAAGUUCUGCCAAGCAGAAGUGUAUAGCAUCAAAUGAAACUUUUUUUCUUUGUCAAGAAACACUUUAUGUGUUUGAAACACAUUUCCAGUUUCAAACUGUUCUUUAAAGAAAUAAUCAUGUUUUCAGGUUUAUCUGUUUUGUAUUUUAUUUUAUUUUUUAAAUCAUGUGUGCACAAUUUGCCUUUUUGCGUUUCUCCCCUGAUGUACACACUCAAUGGUAAAUUCACCUUAUUUGGGAAUUCAUAAUGAAUAUUAACAAAAAAAACAUAUUGAAGGCCAUUCUAGACUGCACUGUUGGUAGCGAUUCAGAUACGUGUGCCCAGUUACAGUGAAUUAUACAAAUAUGAUAAUCAAACACACCAGUCAGGGAUGUAUUCCAAAGAAGCUCUGUUUUAUAGAUCACCCAUGUAAUUGAACUCAAAGUGAGACAUGAACCUCCAAAGCAGUAGUUACCUGGCCUCAUUGUUCUAGGAAAGAAAAGCCACCAGGUUGUAUAUUCUUGUCUUUGGAAGUUCAUCACUUACUCUAAUCUUCACAUGUCAGUGACUAACACAGUUCUCUGGAGAUACUCCCCAAUGCUUAUCCUCUCACAGAGGUCACAGUUGAACUCAUUUUUAUUCGCAGUUUCACUUUGCCUUCAGUCAUGACACAUCAAGAAGUUACCCCUGUGGAUCUUGUACAGACUGUAGUCCAAGACUCAAGUGUAGUAGACGGUUGUAGGCACAUCAGUUCGCUUGCUAACGACACUUUAUAAAUAAAACAAGACUUAAAGAGUGCAAGUAUGCCAGUGCACUUUCCAUAGUAUUUUAGUCCGCUUGCAGCUGCAGGUGGUCACCAUAACCUCAUGGAUACCCGUCAGGUUGCCCAUUAAUUGGGGCGCAUUGUCUUGAAUGUUCACCUUUGCACUACAUAGGCCACUAUGUAGACUGCGAAGAGUCUUCAUUGCUUUGCUCCCUACAUAGUACCGUACUUGUAUAAUAAUACACACUAUGUAGUGCAGGAAUGAACGUUUUGGACUAAGCCAGCGUACACGUGUAGACGUUACUGUAAUUCAGCUUCAGACCAGGACCAGUCCCGAGGGCACCUGAUAGGCUACUCCUUCUUUACUCAGUGCUUGUAUAAACGGUUAAACGAGGUGUG